GACAUCUUGAGGGUGGAAGUUGCAUAUUAAAAUCAUUUAAGAAAUUCAUUUCUGCAUAUAAAGCUUAGUCAAUACAGUUCUAAGUAGUUCCCUGAUGGUCCCCUUAUCUAAAAAUGUUUAUUAAACAAUAUCUACCAAUAUUAAUUAUAUAAAUGUAAAAUUGGUUAUCUUGUGGAUAUAUUUGUAUAUAUAUAUAUUCUUUAAGUGAACUAGAAGGACUAGUUCACUAAAUGAAGAACAAUCAAGCUAUUGUUUAAGAAAGGACUUUACAAAAAAAUUAUAAUCUUGUCAAAAUGCAAGAAUCUGGUGUUACAGUAUCAAAUACAGCUGAGGAUGUUGGCACAGAUACAUGGUGUGAAGAAUGUGGAGUUAGCAAUAUUGGAGAGUGUUUGAUACAUGGAGGAAAAAUGAUAAGGGCUCAUGACACAGCUCCACCACCAAAAGCUUAUUUGUCUCUUCCUAAAAUUCUUGCUAUUAAAAGAGCAAAAAGUUUUGACAUUUGCUCUUUAGAAGCCAGGAAAGGAGUGUUUGCUAAAAAGACUAUAAAAAUAAGGACACUAUUUGGACCUUUGGAAGCAGUUGUUACACAGACGAAACCUCGUUUGUCAUAUGGUGCACUUGAAUUUGAGAUUCACAGACAGACUGGAGAAAGGCUAUAUUUAGAUACAUCUGAUAAAUAUAAGUGUAACUGGAUGAUAUUUGUCCGGCCAGCUAGCAAGUUUUCCCAGCAAAACUUGGCUGCAUUUGAAAACAAUGGGCAGAUAUUUUUUGUGACUUGCAAGAAUAUUCCUGCUGGGACAGAAUUGAGAGUAUGGUACUCAGCUGCUUAUGCUAAGUCUAUGGGCAAAAGUUGCUUAAUGCCUGAUUUGUUGGACAUAGUUAACGUAGAGAAAAAAGGACAAGACGAGAGUCAAAGUUUAAAAGUUGUGCCUCAGAAGAUUGAGGAUAAAGUUUGUGUUGAGCAGGCUCAUUUGAUCUCAGAGGUUAAGGAUGAAAAGCUUGAACUGAAUUCACAAUUAUUGAGUCAAAGUUUAAAAGUUGUGCCUCGGAAGAUUGAGGAUAAAGUUUGUGUUGAGCAGGCUCAUUUGAUCUCAGAGGUUAAGGAUGAAAAGCUUGAACUGAAUUCACAAUUAUUGAGUGACACUUUUGAAAAUGUACAACUUGCUGACAACUCUGAUCCUUCACUUCUGAUAAAAAAGGAUAACAAUGUGUUUAGCUGUUUUUUAUGCUCAGCAUCCUUUGCCCGGAUUCGACAACUAGAGUCACAUGUAUGCACUGUGUUUCGAGAUAAAAUUGAAACACAAGAAAGUAACCCAAGAAGAAGAAAAGGGAAGCCCAAGAAGAUCUCAGACAGUAGUCAAGAGUUAGGUUUUGUUAUGCCAAACCUUCUUGGUCCUUAUGAACUAAACAAUAACAGUAGUGAGGAUGUCAUUCUGCAGAAUGAUAUGAACGAAGAUCUUCAGUUGACAGACCAUCUCCUUCUACCUGAAACAUUGGCUGACACAUUGGAAGACACAUCCAGACCAGAUUCCAACCAAGAAAAAACUCGGGUAUCAGAGGACGUAAAACCAAAGGUGCUAGAGAGUGUCAAACCAAAGGGCCGUAGAGGAAGGCCUAGAAAAUUCCCAGUAAAAGACAAAUCCUCUGCUAAAUCAAAUAUACAGCCCCGUAGUCAGAAAAAGUUCUCAUGCAGUUCGUGUGAUGCCACCUUUGUAAGUAAGGAACAAUGGCUCCAGCACAAGGACUGUGCACCUACUGUGAUUGUCUGCAAGUAUGAGAACUGCUCCAAAGUGUUUGCUACCAAGUAUAAGUAUCACAGACAUAAGAUCAUUCAUGAAAAGCCCAAUAACUUUCAGUGCCAUUUCUGUCAGACUAAGUUUAACCGGCUGGAUCACUUGAAAAAUCACCUCUUGGUUCACGACAUGAACCGGAGCACUUUCGCAUGCGACAUCUGUGGCAAAAGUUAUCUCUAUAAGUCUACAUUAAUAUUUCACAAAGCCAAGCACGAAGCAGUGGAAGGGAAUUCUUUGUCUUGUCUUGUCUGUAAAAAAGUUUUCCCAUCAAAAGAGGAACUUAAGAAGCACAUAAAUGUGCACAAUCGGUACAAGCGUGAAGAGAAGCCUCGUAAAAUGAGUUGUCCGGAUUGUGGGAAACAGUUCUUGACUCAGAAAGAUAUCCGAAGGCAUCGAGUCACUCAUUCUAAAGAAAGACCUUUCCUGUGUGAACAUUGUCCUCAUACAUUCCUUCGUAAAGAUCAUCUUCGUAGACACUAUUCCAGCAGUCAUAAAAAAGAGCUUUAUGAACAACAAUUGAAAUCCAACCCAUUUGGCUGCAGCAUCUGCCUGGAAGCGUUUAAUAAACAAGAGUUUCUAGCCUACCACAUCAAGACUGUUCAUCCCAAUGGGGUGGACAAAGUGGAUCCAAAACAAACUAAAGAGAAAGUUGUUAAAACUUUGUCCAAAUCAGCAGCUGUUAAAGUGGUGAGCAUUCCUAGUCCUCAGGAAAGUAUAUCUAAAACAGAUAAGGGCUCUACUGCUAUGCAGAAGCUUUUACUUAAGCGACAAGUUCUAAGCAAGCAGCCUCUUUUACAAAGUCAACCCAACAGUCUUCCUGGACAAUCAUUGCUUCCUCCUCAACUCCAACCUUCACCUCAUUCAUCUCAAGCUAGUGAGGCUCAGUCAUGUGAACCUUACCCAGUUAGUUUAAUCAAAAUUCACCCUAGUGAGCCUGUCAUUGCGGGUACCCAGCCAGUUUUUUUCCCUUCUCUGCAAACUGCCAACACUCAGGCUACUGUGUUAGAUGCCAUAGGAGUUGACUUGCUGGCGCAGACAAGCAAGGCUCCUGCACCAUUCCGUGUUCACAACCAGGUGCUGAGUCAGGUUCAGCUCCAGGCUCCCACUCGUUCACACAUUCAGCUAGAAAAUCAGCAGCUGCAACAACAGCAACAGGAGGACCAAUUGCAGCAUGUUCACCAGGUGCAGCAGCCCCGUCAGCAGCAUCACCUUCAGCAGCAACAACAGUACACCACCUCCAACAACUGCAACGCUGUCCAGCAACUGCAAAUCCAACAACUCCUUUUGCCUCAACACUUCUCGGUUCAGCAGCAGCCUCAACAGCAGACAAUACAAUCUGUUGGGCAUGUUAUCCAGGGCAUCAAAUUGGCUGAUUUCCAAAACAUAUUAUUAGCUCUUGAUGGUCAGAAUUUGGUAAGCCUUCAGGGUCUGAACAUCAGCAAACCAGUACAGCACAUGGUUGUCAAAGAUACUACCCUUGGUUGCAAACAGUUACUGCAGAUUCCUGUGCAAGAACCUGCCCCGAAAUCAGAGAGCAGCUUUUUCAUCAAUUGUAAUGGACAGAUUUUCCAAGCCACAGUGGAUAAUCCUACUAUUGCUCAACUUUUAAAUAACUCAUCAAGCAAAUUAGAUUUAAAACAGAUCCAGGUGGUGGAAGAUGACUUCAGUCGGAUAGUUGGCCAGUCAAAUAGUAACUGUAUGAAAAGUACAGGUGUUAUUAAGUCCCCUUCUCAAAAUGUACACAGUCAAAGUGAUUCCUUGAUGGGUCAGCAACAACUUCAGGAUGACUUCAGUGAAGCAUUCAGCUCACAGGUACAAGCUCAACUUUUACCGCAGCAACCACAGGGUCAUGUCCAGCAGAACCAGAUUAUGGAUAAAUCUAGCAACCAGGACUUGUCAAGUUUUUCUGUUCCCUGGGCAGACAACUUUGACUUCAAGCCAGUGGGUGAAAUGUCUAUCCCAGCUGAUGUCACAUCUUCCACUCUAGAUAACUUAAACUUGUCUCAAGGCAGUUGCUGGAUACUGCAGCAGCAGCCGCAGUCAUUAGAUCAGCAACCAAUUCUGCAAGUUCAAAAUCAGCAAAGCUCACCUCUGUUUACUCUCUCCACUGCCUGCACUAUUGCAGACUCAUAAUAAAUUACUAUAAGGGAAGUAUUCACAUUUAAUUACAGAAUGGUCAAGUGGAAAAUUAGACUGCACACAUUUUUUAUGCUUGAUUAGCCUUAACCAACCAAGCUUUUAUGUAUAGUAUCAAUUCUCUGAAAUAAGUACAUAUUUGUAAUAUUUGAUUGAUUAUGUUAUGAAAAGCUAUUCAGGGAAAAAACUGUCCUAAGUUGCAAAACAACUGUAAUAAAUGGACAAAGUUUAAUAGUUUACAUGUACAACUUGUUAACAUCUAAACUAGGAAUAUUUUGGUAUUAUGUUUUCAUUAAGUUCCUUUCAUUCAAGAUUCACAAUGACCUGUUAAUUAGAUGACCCCUUAAUUAGUCUAAUCAGUUAUAGUAUUCAUGAAUUAUUUAUUACAAUGUUGUGUCCAUGAACUUUGUUUCUGCCAAGCUUUUCAAGAUUUUGUUUGUUUGUUCCUAGAAUAUCAUGAGACAAAAAUUUAAUGACAAUGAAAAAUUGUUUUAGCAUUGAACAUUGCACUUGUCUUUCAACUGUCCAUAGAAUUGAUGUUUGUUGUUUUGAUGCUCAUUACUCUAUGAUAGGUGCUGAUUAUAUAUAUACCAUUAGACUUUUUUAGGUGCUGAAAAACGUAUAUACCAAUUUACUUUUUUUUCGAUAUUAUGAAUAAUAUAUUACAUUUUUAUUAUUAGUUUAUCCCUUGAGUUCUGAAUGAAUUGUAUUUAAUAUUUUUCCCUGAGACAGAUGUGAAGGAAAUUGAUUAGAAAACAAAAUGAAGAAACAAAAAAAAAUGUUCAUUUUGUUGGAAAGAUCAAGAAGUGAAUUUUUAAAAUAGAAACUUUAUCACACAGAAACAACUUAUAAGCCUUUUUUAAUUUGUAAAAGUUUCUUCUUUAUUUUUGAAUUCAUUUUUUAACUAUUUUUUUAAAUGUAUGUUUAAUCAGCUUCAAAGUCUUUGUUUAUAUCUGAAAGCAUGCUUACAAUGACUUGAUUUGAUUUCAACCUUCUGGAUAAAAGAAAUAAUAGUCAUAAUACCCUAGAGAAAAUGUGUGUUCAGUUUCAUUUCACAGUGCCUUAAGAGCAUGGAAUGGAUAGCCUGAAUUAGCCAGGUAAACCAAUGACUUGUAGAGAUUGAGUCUCUAAAGAUAUUGUAAAGCUACACAUACAUAACUAUGUAACAGUUGUUGAAAUCUUUUUUAGACGGAACUAUUGUAAUAUAUAAGAUAGCAAUGACUUUGUCAUCUUACCAUAACACACAAAUAUAAAACAUGAUGCUUUUGACCUAACUCUUAUGUUUAAAGAUGUGUUUGCAUAAUAUUUAUUUAAAAACAAAAAUUAUAUUGCAAAAUAAUUUUGUUCAAUGGAAUAACUCAUAAUAGAAAAACAUUAUUACUAGCUUGUCUCCCUUUGCACAUCAUUUUUGUUUAAAUUGUUUUUUUUUAAGCUGUAUUUAGUUUCAAAGCAAUAGCCAUGAAAUUUAGCUGGAUCAGAAUGAAAUAUAAACAUCUGUGAUAUUAAAUAUUUCAUUAAAUAGAAAAUAAUUUCAUAUUUUUUAAAUGUUAUCAAAAACAUUCUUCAGAAUAAAAUUAAAUAAUUCUAUUAUUCUGCAUGAUAGUUACGAUAGUCCAUGCAGAACUAAUAUAUCGGCUGAAAAUUUCACAUACAGUUACUUUUGAAUAAACAAUCAAUUCCUUUUUUCUUUUUUUGGGCAGCUUUGCCUAUUUUCAUUUGUUUAUGUUUUGGCAAUAGUUUUGUUGAAAAACUGAAAAAUCAUAUAUAUAGUAAGUAAUAACUUACAUAUUUGAAUUAUCAAAAUGUUUUAUGUUUAGGUUGAGAUUUCUUCAUUGUAAAGCAAAUAAAAACUAAAAUCUUAUAUUUUAAAAAAAAUUACAGUGUUUUAAAUUAAUUUUCAAUUCUAUACAGAUCCUGGGGGGUCACCUUUCUAAUUGGAAUAUUUUCUCUAUAAAUAAAAUGGUGGUUUCAAAUAAAAAAUAAUGUUAUGUUAAGUUUUAUUAAAUUACUGAAUUAAAAAGUGACCUUUCAACUUUGGCUAUUGGGAUGAAGUUAGUAAUGUUUAAAGUGAAGGUCUGAUAACUUAACUGGACAGUGACUUUACACAUUUUUGUUGAAUUUUUAUUUAUUAUUUAUAAUGUAAUGUAUUUCUUACCAAGUCUUUUGAAUAAAUUUUAUACAAUGAUUCUAUUUUGUAUUUCUAAGAUUUGCCUGUAAAAAAUAUUAUUGCACAAUAAAAAUAUUUAAACAAAUUUUUUA